UUUUCUUGCACUAAAAGAAAGUAGAAGACACAAGUAAAACCAGAUCUAGAGAUCAGUAGAUCUAUGUCUAGAAUUUAUCAAUAGUAGACAUUCAAUUUCAAUAUUUCGGGUAUGGCUGACCAGGAAGAAGAAGAAUUCAAUUUAGAUCCCGACGAAAUCGUCCAAGUUAUAGAAUUGGGAGAAAAUAAUGGCAAUCCAGAUGACGACGAUUCGCAGGAAUCUGCAGGAGAUGAGAAUGAGAUGGACACAGAAGAAGCAGCAUCUGCACCUCAACAAGAUGAUUCUUCACUUACUUUCAUAGGUCACAAGGACUCCUCUGUGAUCUGUACAAGAGUUAACCCAGUCUUCAGCAACAUUGCUGUGACGGGUGGACAAGAUGAUCAAGCCUUAGUUUGGAACACACAGGAAGGUUCCAUCUACUUUCAGUGCAGAGGUCACACCGACACCGUUUUAAGUGUCGGCUUCAGCCAUGACGGCUCAAUGGUGGCAACAGCUGACAUGAAAGGUAUGAUCCGAGUCUGGAAGGUGGACUCCGGCACUGAGCUGUGGUCCUUUGAUGCUGAUGAAGUUGAGUGGAUCCAGUGGCACCAUGCAGCCCCCAUACUGUUGGCAGGAACCAAAGAAGGCCAGGUGUGGAUGUGGAAGAUUCCCUCAGGAGACUGUAAAACAUUUGCUGGAUUUGGUCCGAGUGCCAACUGUGGGAAAAUACUGCCAGAUGGUAAGCAUGCAUGUGUUGGCUAUGAAGAUGGCGUCAUUAAAAUUUGGGACCUCAAGUCAGAGCAAGCAGUUCACACUGUUUCAGGUCAUGAAGGUCACAAAUCAUCGGUGUAUUGUAUAGACCACAACAACACAGGGUCUUUGAUUAUGUCAGGUUCUGGUGAUAUGACAGCUAAGGUUAUCAACACAGCUACAGGAAAAGUUGUAUCAACCUUUAAAUGCAGAGAAUCUGGAGAAGAAGAAGAUUCUGUGGAAUCUGUUGGAUUUUCUUACAUACAUGACUAUGCUGUUACUGGAACACUGGGAGGAGCCCUUGAGAUCUGGGACCUGCCCACACAGUCAUUGAGACACAGCUGUGAUCACCCAUAUGGCAUCGUAAAAAUUUUAUGGUCCAAAACACUCCCCACUUUCUACACCUCAUGCCUUGAUGGGAACGUUAGACAGUACGACUCAAGGAAUGGUCAGAUUGUUCGGACACUACAAGGCCAUGCAUCGGCCGUGCUGGAUUUCGAUUUAUCUCGGGAUGAAUCCAUCCUUGUCACAUCCUCGGACGACUCAACAGCCAAGGUCUACCAGCUUCAGAGAUGACACAUUUUAAACCAGAAAUAAAAGUUGAGAUCCA